AUGCACAAUAAUACUUCCUUGAAUGACACCAUGAGUAGCUCAUCCACCCCUCUUGUUUACAACGGCCAAAAGACGCUUUCACCUGGAAGUUCCAAUGUCACAAUCAACACUCCAGUCGUCCCGGAUCGGCGCUUUCAACACUACUUUGUGGAGCAAGUCGGUAAACUCCACUUGGAAGAAGGCGUCGAGGAAAUUGGUGAAGACGCUUUUUCCAUGUGUUGGACACUUGGAAAUGUUCGAAUGCCCUUGUCUUUAAGCAAAGUCCAAAAGAAUGCCUUUGCACACUGCAUGUUGCAUCUCCGAAGCGUGGAACUCCCUCCCAAACGCAUUCAAAUUGGCGACCGGGCCUUUCAAGGAUGUGUAAGACUGCGAAACGUCGCUCUCCAAAAGGAUGAUCCUUCGGCAAAGAAUCUUGGAAAACAUUUGUUCAAGGGAUGUCACAACCUUGCGGUUCUCUUUCAAGAUUCCAAAUCAAUGGUUCAAGCUCUGACGACACGAUUUGAUGGUUUGCCUUUACAUGAGGUUAGCUACUAUCAAUCCUAUUACUCGACCAACGAAUGCUUGCAAAAGCUAGAAACAGCGACCGCGGAAUCAUCAUCGGAUAGUAGCAAACGACGACGACGACAAGAUUGCCUUGGAAUGACUCCACUGCAUAUUUUGACCUUUUCCAAGACGGCACAACGUCUGGAGCUAUACCAAUGGUGUGUCGAAAACUGCCUAGACGACUUGGUGACCAAAGACGAAUGGGGAAGCUUGCCGAUACAUUAUGCGUUGGAGAAUAAUCUACCGCUGCCCAUUGUCGAAUUCCUGUUGGAGCAACACCAGAAGUACCAUCCAAACCAACCCAUGUUCUUUGAUCAGUUUCUAUUGAACCAAGGUGUCGGCUUUUUGCAAGCAGCAUCCUUGCCACUGGUGCAGUUGGUCUUGGGGUUCCAUGAGAAGCACUGUCUGGAGCCCUUGGAUUGGGAUCGGUUGCUGCACGAUGCCAUUUCCAUGUCCUCUUUGGAUGUAUUUCGAUGCGUGGUUCAAAGGAGCAUUUCACCGCGUGUCAAGGCCUUGGAGUGGCAACCAUGGAGGGAUGACAUUGAACUAAACAUAAAUGCCAUUUCCAACGAGAGUCUUCAGGGUGAAUGCUGGACGCCCAUGCAACAAGUGCCUCCUUCAGGGAUUGAUGUUGUGGAAAAGAUACAAUCUAAAUUGGCUACAUAUGAACGAAGGACAAAUAUGAUGUUGUUGGAAUUAAUUUGCUGGAAGUGUCGAACAAUGGCCGCUACGACCACCCCAAUGAAUGAGCAAAACUGCGAGGAGAAGAAGAAUAGCGACUAUGAGGAUAUUCGAACCAACAGUCGAAUUCACAGCGGUGCCGAGUACAUUGUCCCCCUUGUCCUUUCCUUUCUUCAAUAG